AUGGCUGAUUUAUUGCCUCAAUAUCUUAUUCAUAAAAUACUCUGUAUGCAUAGUUUUAAAAGAGCAGCCCAAUUGAGUAUUCUUUCUAAAACAUGGCUACAAGCAUGGUUGACUAUUCCCAAUUUGAGUUUUUCACUUGGUUAUCUCGAGCACCAUAUGAAAAAAGUAAUGGAUAAUAUCAUGGAGAGAUAUCGAGAUCAAAAAAUCCCCAUUGAAAAGUUAGAGUUAUCAUACUCUACUCGUUCUAAUGAAUUUUUUCCUCUGUUUGAUAAGUGGCUUGAUAUUGCACUUCAGAAUGGUGUAAAAUAUCUCGUCUUUCGCGUUUCUAGCCGUGAGGCAUACCCGUUGCCUAUGUUGACAAUCUUGGCAACAAAAUCUUUAAGAGAAUUAGUAUUAACAGGCUGUGAAUUGCACUGUGAUUCAUCAUCUAGUGGCGGCGUGGUGAAUUGCAAUUCGUUGAGGAAGCUUUCUCUAACUCGUGUUAAUUUAGGUGAAAACACGCUUCAGAUUCUACUUAAUAGUUGUCGAUUUAUCGACACGUUAAUAUUAGAUUCUUGUCCUUGGUUGAAAAAGAUUGAGAUACUGAAUAAUCUUCCAAAGAUCAAGUCGGUUUCUAUUCGUCACUCUGACCAACUGCAGCUUGUAAAAAUUGAAGCACCGUCUCUUGAACACUUGUAUUAUUUUACUGGUGCUGAAAAGUUUUGCAUUGAUGCCCCAAAUUUGGUGUCAUGGGAGUAUACGGGAUUUAAAUUUCCUGCAACUUUUUUGGAUGCUAAUUUGCAACGGGGUUGUUAUCCUAAGAGAUUCGUUCUUGAUUCAACGAGCAAAACAAUUGCAGAUUUUAUGGAUGUUUUAAUGCAUAUGAUGAGAUGGAGUUAUUCUACUUCUCAUGGAAGCAACAAGCUUUUGCAUCGUCAAUUAAUAGAAGUUAAAGCCUAUAAAUUUGAUUGGGAAAACCAGAGAUGGCAUUCUGAUCCUAUGGAACUUGGAAGUGGAAGGAAGAUUUUGUUCCAUGAAAUUAAUGCUACUUUUCUCGUCUCUAUCGUGUUACCCAAUAUAUAG